AUGUGGAUUGGCGUCGAGGGAGGCAAAAACAACGGCAAACGACAGAGCAAACAGGACAUGUUUACUUUCCGGCCAGACACCAAUGCAAACCCCAUUCCACAGGGAUCCUCGGCCAGUAUCAUCUUCAGCCAUGACUUGAUAGUCAACAAGUUCUUCAGACCAUCUCUGAGUGCUGGGUUUAGUAACCUGAAGCCCACCUCUACCAAAGGCACACCGGGAAUGAACUUCACCGGAAAUCUGAUAUCUGAAGAAGUGAAGAUCGACGAGGUGAGGAGCGCAGGAAACACAUUCAGCCAUGAUGCACUCUCCUUCUCCCCCAGUGAGCCAGCUGCAACCAUCACCGUUCACCCGGAUGUGGCAACCCCGAAUGCGGAUCCAGUCAAGAUCUCAUACACAAGCAAGGAAUACAGCAUGGAUUGGGGAAAAUUGAAAAUUAAUCUUGGCCCGGGGAUUCCUAUAGAAUCAAUGACCCCGGGCGACUAUACUAGCAAGGGAACUGUCAAGCCUACCUUUAAGUGGAACGCCUAUGGAAAAUGGGAGGGUGGAUCGUUAACCACUCAUAAUAAUCUUCUUAAUCUCAACUUCACCUCGGAUAAACUGUGGACAGUCACUUAUCGGGGAUCGGGGGUCGACAACUGGUUCACGGGGGAAACAACCAGUGUCCCUGUUGAUUUUACCAAUAAAUCAGUCCCUGCGCCUGCAAUCAAGAUGGAGAUGAAGGCGUUGGACUACUUUCUGGCGACGAAUCUGCUGUUCCCGGGCAAACAGGUGUUCAAGGCGCAUCCUGUGGCUGAUGGCGAUACGACCAAGGGACUGGCUGUUCCAAGGGAUUUGAUCUUGACGGGGGAGGUGAAAACGGUAUAG